UGCUCGCUGUCACUCACUCUCUGUGCAGUGAAUAUAGAUUUGGUUAUGAAGUGAUAAACUGCCGAUCAAUCCGCUGCUGCGAACAAAUGACUUUGACACAGCAUGCGGAUUGGAUCUAUAGCGUUCCGUCAGUCCACUAUCAAUAUCACUCCAGCCCCGGAUUGGAUUGUGUUCUAUUCACGACUCCGCAACACAAUAAACUUUACCAAACUUCAGCGAUGCGAGGGAUCCUUAGGCCGCUAUCCCCUUUCCCCUUUCUCAUAGAGAACCCUUACAUUCCGCGAUCACUUCCGAUCACCUGUCCUGUCAGCGCUUUUGUCGCUCUCGAGAGCGCCGAUUGAGAUUGACAUCGCUGUGCUGCCAAACAGGUUAACUAAGGUAACCUCCAAGACGUGAUCUUGCCAUCUUGGUCUGUUGAUGACCAUCACCAUCCAUUGGCCUGAAUCGAGCUUCCCUUCCGCUUCUAGCGCGGCCAGUAGAAGGAAGAGGCAAUCGGACAUCCUCCAGGAUUUGCAGUUGACAGACGAGAUGCAACACGCCAGCGCCAGCGCCAGCGCCGUCAGUGCCACUGCCAAGCUGGCUCGCUUGCUGCCCGCCUUUUCUCAUCAACUGCCUCAAAGCGCAUAGCACCCGACCUGGGCAGUGGGCAGUGGGCAGUGGGCAGUCUUCGACCGAGACGAUCCAUGUCGCCCGUUCAUGCUCGCAACCUGGGUUGGACAGGAGGAGGCAGGAGGCAGGAGGCAGGAGGCAGUAGGGUUGCACUGAGUCGGCAACGCGAGAGAAAGGGAAGCGUUUGCCAGACAGGCGCCACUUCAUUGGCUGCCGACCCUGCACGUACGUACAGGCCUCCUCGGCCUGAAGGCGAGGACUAGGACUGGUGAACGAGCAGUGGUGACAGGGUAGACAUGGCGAGCGGGGGAUGAGUAAGGCUGGAUAGCCAGUGAGGGAGAGAUGGAGGACGGCGAUGACGGGGCCUGGGAAUAGGUAUGGUAACUUUACCUUAGGCAGGAUAGGUAUGGUCUGGUAUGGUCUGGUAUGGUAUGUACUUCUCGAUCUUGCAGCGCGAUGCAGCACCACAAACAAAGCAGGGCCGAAGAGCUGGCUGUACCCGUACCUAAAAUCGACCACUCAUUCACUCAUCGGGCCUGGUGUUGUCUGCCAAUCUCUGGCGAGCCAUUCACACAUCGCGAAAGCGCUGAAAACGAUCCACUUUACGACGACUGACGAUUCCCUGCACCUGGCCGCCGUACUAGGACCGGUCGUCCAGACACACACAUACACACAUGUCCAGUGUCCACACACAUAGCACUGCAUAGCACCGCAUCGCACCGCAUCGCACCGCACUUUUCUCAUAUGUUCGGAAAAAGUGUGGCCGACACCAGACGACUCCUCGGAGCCCAUGCCGCCGCAGUACAGGACACUGAGGACACUGCCGUUCUGACUGCCUGGCCUGGCUACCAACUCUCUCCAAAGCACGAUAGUAGUCUUCGUCUGAGGUCUCCCACGUCUCCUCUCCUCUGCUCUCCUAUGAGUCCUGCCUAUCCUUCCAAUGCCUGCCAUUCCGUGCCAUGCUUUGCCAUGCCAUGCUUCGCUCUCUUCUUUCUUCCCUCCUCUCGACGACUGUCCUGGCUAACCAGAACUUUAGUCGUUCUCCAUCAUCCCAAUCCGUCCCAUGCUAUCCCAUGCCGGUCGUCUAUCCCAUGCCCUGCCCUGCCAUCAUCCCAUCCCAUCCCAUCCCAGUAUCAGGGCAGCAAUAUCACGGCCCCAUCUGAUUCCCGCCGCUGGCUCGCCCUCCCCCUCCAAACCCACCAUCUUCCCCUGUCAACAGACUUUGUAUGCCGCUUUACUACAUUAGGUACUAAAUCCUCUCACACCCCCGGCUUCCCCUCGCAUCUCUCCACAACAAGUCUACCUCCGUAAAGCACGCCUCUUGCUGCCCAGGACCACAUCAAUAUCUUCCAUGAUCAUGCCCUCGAAUUUCUUUCUUCUUCAGACCGUGCCUUGUCAUGUCCAUGUCCUGCAGUCCCAUACAAUACCCCGCCAAAUAAUAUAAUUGAUUGCCGCUGUCAUCCUGGUGGUGCCGUCCUUAACUCGACUGCUUGUUUCUUCUCUCCGCAUUGCCUCACACAGAGAGCCCUGCUGAUGAUCAAGGGCUCUAAGGUGCCACCCCCGGACCCAACUACGAAUAUAGAUAUAUCCUCCGACCUCCAUCUUGAACUGCCUUUCUAGAGCAACUCUUCUCCACCCUCUUUUACACUCCUCCACAACUUCAGCACGAAAUAUUGUUCAACAUUUCUACCCACCAGAAGUGCACUUGAGCAAGAACUUUCAACAUGCUAUCGAACCCUCUUCAUCGCUUUUCGGCGUACAAUGCCUUGCCGUCGAAUAACAGCUACGCAAACGGCCACCUGCCCUCCAAUCACAUGCACUCAGGGCUGCAUACUCUUGCUGACGGUUCCCAAUACGCUCUGCAACAAUUGCAACAACAUGUCGAUGUUCAUCAAAAUGGUCAAUUUCACAGAAAUCACAAUAAUAAGCACCGCCAACAUCCUUAUGGUCCUGGGCCAGGAAAUGGGAGGUCGGUGGGCAAUGGGGCUUCAGGGCCGAUUCGCCGGCGGAUCAGCAGAGCGUGCGACCAGUGCAAUCAGCUUCGCACGAAAUGUGAUGGGCAAAGCCCUUGCGCCCAUUGCGUUGAAUUCGGCUUGGGCUGUGAGUAUAUUCGGGAGAGAAAGAAGCGAGGAAAAGCUUCUCGUAAAGACUUAGCACAACAAGCUGCCGCCGCUGCAGCUAUUGGCCAAAAAUCACCAACCGGCCAGUCUUCAGACGAGCGCACUUCACCGACUGAAUCACGCAACGAAAAUGGCUCUUCCACGACCUCUGCGCAGAACGAAAAUGGUGAAUUUCGCCGUCCCCAAGCCUCCAGGUCGCUUAGCCUCAACACCACAGGGCUAGACAAGGUCUCUGCUCGUGAAGCUGUCAUGAAGGGAAGGCUACGAGCCGGCAGCCUCGAGAGCCUCGCGGAACCCCCAAAUGGACAUCAGCCUCACAUGGUUAGUCGCGCGGAAGCUGAUCAAAUCGAAAGCCCCGCGUCCCUGAAUCUUAACGGCUAUUCAAGCAUGCAUGGCUACAGACCUGCCAUGAAUCCCCACAUGAUGAAUGGCAAUGGUGGUCACCCCAACUUCACUGCCGGACAGGGAAAUUUACCCGGCUAUGAUCUCCCCUAUGCCAUCCAAACAUCAAGCCCGACGCAUUACCCGGGGAAUACCCCUGGUCCCUUUCGUUUAGGCGAUAGUCCUCUCCCCGGAUUUCCUAUGGGGUCAGAUGCUGCUUCACCGGGAGGAUGGAUGUCGAUUCCUUCCCCCUCGAACCAAUAUCAACAACACGUGACGAAUCACAGCUACAACACCACCCUCCGUUACCCCGUCUUGCAGCCCCUGAUCCCACAUCUUGGCAACAUCAUCCCUUUAUCCCUGGCUUGUGACCUGUUGGACUUGUACUUUGCAAGUUCUUCAUCGGCGUUGAUGCAUCCGACUUCACCAUAUGUCCUUGGGUAUGUGUUUCGUAAACACUCUAUUCUUCAUCCGACCAAGCCGAGACAAUGUACUCCAGCAUUAUUAGCCAGCAUGCUGUGGGUGGUAGCCCAAACGAGUGACGCAGCUUUCCUGACAGCACCUCCUUCCUCACGCGGACGUAUCUGUCAGAGACUGUUGGAACUCACUGUCGGUCUUCUCAAGCCACUCAUCCAUGGGCCAUCCAGUGGCGAAUCAUCGCCCAACUUCUCCAACACUGUCAUCAAUGGUGUUGCCUUGGGAGGCCUUGGUGUGGCCAUGCCUGGGUCUGUCAACCCAGAAGGCUUGAAUGGAGAGACUAGUGGCGCUUUUGGUGCUGCUGGAACCCUGGAUGAUGUUGUCACCUACAUCCAUCUUGCCACUGUUGUCUCAGCAAGCGAGUACAAGGGUGCCAGUCUCAGGUGGUGGAACGCAGCUUGGUCUCUGGCAAGAGAACUGAAGCUUGGAAGAGAGCUGCCUCACACAGCUGCCCAGCAACCUACUGAGAACGAUGCCGAUGCUGAUGGGGAGGAGGAUGACCUGCCAACAUCUGGCAUCAGCGAGGAAGAAAGGGAGGAACGGAGAAGGAUAUGGUGGCUGUGUUAUACCGUGGAUCGCCAUCUCGCUUUGUGUUAUAACAGACCACUUUUCCUGUUAGACAUUGAGUGCGAUGGCCUUCUCCAGCCAAUGGACGACACGUUGUGGCAAGCUGGAGACUUCUACACCGGUGAUUCAAGCAUUCAUAUUACCUCCCCGAGUGGCGCUCCACGGAUUAGAGGGAUUGGACCUAACUUUGAGUGUACCGGACAUAGCAUAUUCGGAUAUUUCUUACCCCUCAUGACUAUCCUCGGAGAGAUCGUAGAUCUCUACCACGCCAAGAACCACCCUCGAUUCGGAGUUGGCUUCAGAUCCCAGUCCGAAUGGGACGACCAUGCCAGCGAAAUCGCCAGACAACUCGAUCGCUACGGCGAGAGCCUCAAAGAAUUCGAAGAACGAAAUCUCAAGCAGGACGAACAAACCGAGGCGACCUUAGACAGCAUCGCAGCUGCCCAUCAAGCGACCACAACAGAGCAUAACGACAUCGGCACUCCUUCUGUUCGCUCGGUCCACACCGCAUCCUCCGCCCACGUCUCUGAAGCAGAUAUCCAAACACGGAUUGUCGUCGCUUACGGUACACAUGUAAUGCACGUGCUGCAUAUCUUAUUGACCGGAAAAUGGGAUCCUAUCUCCCUCCUCGACGAUAACGACCUCUGGAUCUCCUCACAAAGUUUCAUCAAUGCCACAGGCCACGCCGUCAGUGCUGCCGAAGCAAUCAACAACAUCCUCGAAUACGACCCCGGACUGGAGUUCAUGCCAUUCUUCUUCGGCGUGUAUCUGCUCCAGGGAAGUUUCCUGCUGUUAUUAAUUGCGGAUAAGCUCCAGGUAGAGGCUUCACCAAGUGUAGUCAAAGCUUGCGAGACGAUAGUACGCGCACACGAGGCCUGUGUCGUGACUCUGAACACUGAAUACCAGAGGAAUUUCCGUAAAGUUAUGCGCUCAGCAUUGGCACAAGUACGCGGCCGCGUACCAGAGGAUUUCGGUGAACAGCAAUUACGGCGGAGGGAAGUGCUAGCUCUGUACCGGUGGACAGGCGACGGGACGGGCCUGGCUCUUUAAUUGAUAAUACAAUCGAUCUCGUUUUCUUCACUAAUAUGGCGUUCUACGGAAGAUUUGAAUCCCACAAUGGAUUUUGGGUGGGCUUCUUGACUUGGCUUAGGAUCUCAACACACUAUAACGACGCGACGCAAUCUGCGGAAUAUGGAUGGAUAUGACUGGGAGGCUGGAAUGGAUAAUACUCGGCUCUGGUUGGAUAACUUUUUAUUUGUUCUUAUGACGUUGCGUCUUGGAAAUGCAACGGGGGAUCGACCAAAAAAGGAGUUCGCCUUAUUGAUGUGUAUAGCUUCAUGGGGAGUUAAAUCUUUGGGCUUGUUGGGUUGGAUUCACUGCUGCUAUUUGACCUUUCUCUUCUGUGUACGAUGGACUGAUAUUGAUCUUGGUCAUAUCAUGGUUUGGAGUCUUGACUUGCUCAAUUUUGCGACUUUUCUCUCAUCAUUGAAAAACUCAGGUAGCUUAAAACCCACCCAAAACAAUUUUAUUAUAUGUCAUACAUAUA